AUGCCGCUACCGGAGCAGAUCGAGCAGUUCAACCCCAACUCGGCGGCAAUGCUGGGCGACUCGAGGGACAGCUUCUCCCCGCUGGACGCGUCCCUGGGCUACGCCAAGAUGCGCUACGUGUACGACGACUACAUUGCCGGCGGCGCCUUAAGAAGCGGAGGAGCGCCCAAGCUCUUCUCAAGGGAAUACAUCGGACUCGUGGCGCAGUACGCGGCUGUGGGCUUCAUCGACGGCGUCUUGCCCAACGUCAUCUACCCGUUCCUGCAGAACUACCUUAACUUGCCGGGCUCGCAGACGACUACGGCCUCGGUGCUGGUGCAGCUUCCGUGGAGCUUUAAGGUCUUCUACGGCAUCUUAUCAGACUGCUUCCCAAUCCGCGGAUACCGUCGUCGGCCGUACAUGGUCAUCGGCUGGAUCGUUACGCUGGCUAUGCUCUUGAUCAUGGUUUGUACACCCGAGGGCUCGCCCUAUUUCACGGACCCGUCUUACCGCGAUGUGAAGCCCGAGGACUACACGCCCGAGAUCAUUGCGACGAUCAACUACGACGCGGCCAAGGACGGAAGCAUCUACGUCAUCCCCAUGAUGGGGUCCGCCUUCGGUUACCUCAUGGCCGACGUGUGUGCGGAUGGCAUCGUGGUGGAGCUGGCGCAGCGAGAGCCGCUUGAGGUUCGAGGAAGGACGCAGACGGUCAUCUACACGACGCGGUUCGUGUUCAACAUCCUGGCGCUGAUCCUCGUGGCCUUCUGCUUUAAUGGUGAAGACUACGGCGGCGACUUUGACUUCUCGCUGACGUUCCCGAUCCUCAUGUUGAUCGUGGCCGUCGCGCUCGUCCCCAUUGUCCCGGUCACGUGGUUCUUCAUCUACGAGGAGAAGCGUCCGGGCGACCACAAGAGCUUCAAGCACUACAUGUGCGAGCUCUGGGACGUCGUGCAGACCCGAGCCGUGUACCAGUACAUCGCCUACCAGUUCUUCUCGGGCAUCUUCGCGUCGUUCACGUACGUGUCGAGUUUCCCCAUCCAGACCACGUGGGCGAACGUCACGCCGGUCGAGGACAAAAUCGCAGGCUUCGUGUCCACGGGCGUGUUCGCCGCCUCGGUCUGGUUCGCCGGUAACCAUGGCCGCGACUGGGACUGGCGACGCACUACCGUUGUGACUAUGAUCGCGAAUGUGAGCCUGGACGCGGUGUGCAAGUUGCUGACGAUCUGGAACGUGGAGCGCUCGCCGUGGUUUUGGCUCGGAGUCCCCAUUCUUCAGCAGAUUCCCCAGGGCAUCAGCUUCAUCGUGGGUUCGUUUAUUAUGGUGGAGCUAUCAACUGAAGGCCACGAAGGAGCCAUGUACGGUCUCCUCACGACGGUCUUCAACCUCUCGACCCCGUUCGCAACCGCAAUCACCCGCAACGUCAAUGGUGUGUAUGAUCUGUCCACGGAGCGGAUCCAGAACGACAGCUACGGCGUGAGGCACGACGUGACCAUCACCGUCGUGAUCAUGUGGGCCGCCAACCUCUUCUCGCUCGUGUUCCUCGUCCUGCUCCCGCGUCAGAAGGAGCAAACGCAACUCAUGAAGCGCAUCGGAGGCUCGAGCUACAUGAUGGGGCUUAUCACGGUGAUCUAUCUCACGUUCUCCCUCCUGUGGUCCGUUAUGACCAACGUCAUGAGCAUAUUCGACUCCACCGCAUGCCUCGUCAUUGCUGGCGGCGAUGGGUGCGACCAAUAG